AUGUCCCCUUCCGAAGGCUCAUUUUCUGCCCCUCCACAAGUCCACACUUUUGAUGGAGUCUUGUCUGACUUCGAUGGAACAAUAGUUGACUCGACGGAUGCAAUCGUCAAGCACUGGCACAAAAUCGGCGCCGAGCUAGGCGUGGACCCCAAGGUCAUCCUCGCCACAUCCCACGGCCGAAGAAGCAUCGAUGUCAUCAAGCUGUAUGACCCCUCCAAGGCCAACUGGGAAUACGUCAGCUACAUCGAAGGCCGCAUCCCCAAAGAAUACGGUUCCGACGCCGUCGAGAUCCCCGGCGCCAGAACCCUCCUCAACGCGCUGGACGAGUCCGGUGCGCGCUGGGGCGUCGUGACGUCCGGGACACGCGCUCUGAUCGGCGGCUGGUUGGAUGUCCUCAAGCUCACACAUCCCAAGGUGCUGGUCGUCGCGGAGGACGUCGAGCUUGGCAAGCCCGAUCCCCGGUGCUACCUGCUUGGCCGGUCACGGCUGGACCUGGAGCACUCUACGUCCCUGGUGGUGCUGGAAGACGCGCCUUCGGGCAUCCGGGCGGGCAAGGCCGCCGGGUUCAAGGUGAUUGCGCUGACGACGACGCACACUCUCGAGCAGUGUCGGGAGGCCGGGGCGGAUUGGAUUGUGGAGGACUUGAGGAGCAUUUCGGUCAAGAGUGUCGAGGACGGGAAGCUUCAGUUGGAAAUCAGGAAUGCGUUCCAAUAA